CCCUCUCCGUCCCCCGCGCUCCCGCCACCCGGAGCCCUUUGCCGCCUCGCAGGAGCCGCCGCAGCCGCCGGGGAAACACAGCGGGCGCCGCCAUGGGGAGCCGCGUGUCGCGGGAGGACUUUGAGUGGGUCUACACCGACCAGCCGCACGCCGACCGGCGCCGCCAGAUCCUGGCCAAGUACCCGGAGAUAAAAUCCUUGAUGAAACCCGACCAGAACUUGAUUUGGAUCGUGGUCACGAUGGUCCUUGUCCAGCUCGCGGCCUUCUACCUCGUGAAAGACCUGGACUGGAAGUGGGUCCUGUUCUGGGCCUACACCUUUGGCAGCUGCAUCAACCACUCCAUGACGCUGGCCAUCCACGAGGUGUCUCACAACUUUGCCUUCGGCCACCACAGAGCCCUAUGGAACCGCUGGUUCGGCAUGUUCGCCAACCUGCCCAUGGGCGUGCCCUACUCGGUUUCCUUCAAGAGGUACCACAUGGACCACCACCGCUACCUGGGGGCCGACGGCAUCGACGUGGACAUCCCCACCGAUUUCGAGGGCUGGUUCUUCUGCACCACCUUCAGGAAGUUCGUCUGGGUUGUCCUCCAGCCUCUCUUUUACGCCUUCCGGCCCAUGUUCAUCAACCCCAAGCCCAUCUCCAGUCUGGAACUCAUCAACACCGUGGUCCAGGUCGCUUUCAACGUCAUCAUUUAUAACGUCUUCGGAGUCAAAGCCUUAGUGUACAUGUUGGCGGCCUCCCUGCUGGGUCUAGGCUUGCACCCGAUUUCUGGGCAUUUUAUAGCGGAACAUUACAUGUUCUUAAAGGGACACGAGACCUACUCUUACUACGGGCCCCUGAACCUGCUCACCUUCAACGUGGGUUACCACAACGAGCACCACGACUUCCCUAACGUCCCUGGGAAAAACCUUCCACUGGUCAGGAAGAUAGCGGCCGAGUACUACGACAACCUCCCCCACUACGACUCCUGGAUUCGAGUGCUGUACGACUUCAUCAUGGACGACACCAUCAGUCCCUACUCGAGAAUGAAGAGGCGUCAGAAGGGGAAGGUGGUCCUGGACUGAAGGACUCGAGACCUGGGGUCCCUCGUGGAACCUCAAGUAGCUGAUAAAGUCGAUUUUUUUUUUUUUUUUUAGCACUGUUAAACUAAGGCCAUGGUGUGUAGCACCCUGCCUGGUCCAACUGCCGGGUCUGAGCUCUGUGGAGUCUGUCCCCAGCUCGCCUGGCUUGGAACAGCCCCCCGGGCCAAGCUGCGUUCAGCUUUGCUUGCAGAAAGCUUUCUGUGUGUUACCGUGUGGUGGAUGUCUCUACCCAUGUUUCCUGAGCUUAUCAUAAAGGACACUGUAAGACAGCUGUUUCUAGUAUGUUAUUUUUCACUAUAAAGCUUUAACUUUAUGAAACCAGCUAAUGAACUGAGGAAUUAACCACAAUAAAUAGUAUUUAUCACA